ACAGAAAACGUGCCUGGAGAGGGGUCGCAGCUGUCUGAGCUGACUGGCCUGUUUGUGCUGAGGCCUGAGAGUAUUACGGCCACAAAAGGGAAGGACGUCACAUUUGUAGCUAAAGUGGAUUCCUCAAAUCUGCUGAGGAAACCAGCUAUGAAAUGGCUGAAGGGGAAGUGGCUCGACUUGGGGAGCAAAGCUGGGAAGCACCUGCAGUUCAAAGAGACCUAUGAUAGGAACACCAAGAUCUACACUUAUGCGAUGAGCAUCAUCAAAGUGGUGGACGGGGACGCAGGUGGCUACCGCUGCGAGGUCACCUCCAAAGACAAGUGCGACAGCUGCACAUUUGAAGUCUCCGUGGAGGCUGUACAAGAGGAGCAGCAGGCCAACAUCCUGGAGGCGUUUAAGCGAUCUGGUGAUGCAGGUGAGGAUGCGGGGGAUCUAGACUUCAGCGCCCUGCUUAAGAAAAGGGAGAAGAAGAAGCAAGAUGAGCCCAAAGAGGAAGUGGAUGUGUGGGAAAUCCUGAAGGAAGCGAAGCCCUGUGACUACGAGAAGAUUGCCUUUGAAUACGGCAUCACCGACCUCCGGGGCAUGCUGAAGAGGCUAAAGAAGAUGAAGAAGGUGGAGCCCAAAAAGAGUGACGCUUUUCUAAGGAAGCUGGAUUCAGCUUAUUCAGUGGACAAGGGCAAGAGGAUCCAACUGAGUGUGGAAGUGACCAACUCCAAUGCUCAGGUCAAGUGGCUCAAGAACGGACAGGAAAUCAAACCAUCAGCCAAAUAUGUGUUUGAGAGCGUGGGCAACAAACGGACGCUCACCAUCAACAAGUGCAACCUGUCGGAUGAUGCAGCCUACGAGUGUGUGGUGGAGGAGGAGAAAUGCUUUACGGAGGUCUUUGUCAAAGAGCCACCAGUCACUAUCACCAAGCUGCUGGAUGACGUCCACACUGUGGUGGGUGAGAAGGUGGAGUUUGAGGUGGAGGUGUCUGAGGAAGGAGCUAAUGUCAAAUGGAUGAAAGAUGGAGUGGAGCUGACCAGAGAAUCAGCGGGUUCUAAGUACAGGUUUAAGAAGGAUGGGAAGAGACACAUUCUGAUCAUUAACGAGGCUACAAAGGAGGACAUUGGGACAUAUUAUGCUUUUACUAAUGGUGGGGAGUCAAAAGCUGAGCUUGAGGUCGAAGAUAAGGAGCUGGAGGUGCUGCAGAGUAUAGCCGACCUGACGGUAAAGGCUACGGAGCAGGCUAUGUUUAAGUGUGAAGUGUCCGAUGAGAAAGUAACAGGGAAGUGGUUCAAAGAUGGUGUGGAGGUCCUGCCCAGCGAUCGCAUCAAAAUGUCCCACAUAGGAAGGAUCCACAAGCUGACAAUCGAUGACGUGAAGCCUGAGGAUGCUGGAGAUUAUACGUUCGUUCCCGAUGGAUAUGCACUUUCUCUCUCUGCAAAACUCAACUUCCUGGAAAUCAAGAUUGACUAUGUUCCCCGCCAAGACCCACCCAAAAUCCACCUGGACACAAGCAGUACGGGCAGUAAGAACACUCUUGUUGUUGUGGCUGGAAACAAGCUGCGUCUGGACGUGGAGAUCUCAGGAGAACCAGCACCAACCGUGUGCUGGAUGAGAGGAGACGAUGUGGUGGUGGAGGCUGAGGGCAGAGUUCGAGUGGAGACGAGAAAGACCUUGAGCAGCUUCGUUAUCGAGGGGGCAGAGAGGGAGGAUGAGGGCAAGUACUUCAUCACGGUGACCAACCCGGCUGGAGAGGACAAGGCUGAACUCUAUGUCAAAAUCGUGGAUGUGCCUGACCCCCCAGAGAAUGUCAGAUGUUCAUCAGUUGGUGAGGACUUUGCCAUCAUCUCAUGGGACCCCCCUGCAUUUGACGGUGGAGUUCCUGUUAAAGGGUACCUGAUGGAAAGGAAGAAGGUUGGCUCGUCCAGAUGGACCAAGCUUAACUUCGAUGUCUAUGAGUCCACCACGUAUGAAGCCAAGAAGAUGAUCGAAGGCGUGCUAUAUGAGAUGAGGGUCUUUGCAGUCAACGGCAUUGGCAUCUCUCAACCCAGUGGAAGCUCCAAGCCCUUCAUGCCCAUUGCCACCACCAGCGAGCCCACUCGUCUCGUGGUGGAUGAUGUCACGGACACCACCUGUGCCUUGAAGUGGCGUCCUCCAGAGAAGGUUGGAGCAGGGGGCAUCGACGGCUACAUCAUCGAGUACUGCAAAGAAGGAAGUGAUCAGUGGGUGCAGGCCAAUCAGGAGCCGGUGGACAAAAUCAGCUACCGUGUGAAGGGUCUGCCCAUGGGAGAGAAGAUGCUCUUCAGAGUGGUGGCUGUCAACAUGGCAGGGCGCAGCCCCCCCGCCACCCUGUCCCAAGCUGUCACUAUCAGAGAGAUCAUGGAGCAACCAAGGAUCCGCAUGCCUCGCCAGCUGCGAACCAAAUUCAUCAGGAAAGUGGGCGAGAAGAUCAACUUGGUUAUCCCCUUUCAGGGUAAACCUCACCCUAUAGUGACCUGGUUCAAAGACGGCUUGCCCCUGGAGGACAAAACGGUUGGGAUUCGGACCAGUGAAGUGGACACCAUCAUCUUCAUCCGCUCGGCAGAGAGAGCCCACUCUGGCAAAUACACCCUGACUGUCCUGAUUGAGAACGUCUCAGACAGUGCCGACAUUCACAUUCAAAUCGUAGAGAAGCCUGGUCCUCCCAUUAAUGUUCAUGUAACAGACAUCUGGGGCUUCAACGCUGCGCUGGAGUGGAAGCCCCCCAAAGAUGAUGGGAACAGCGAAAUCAUAGGCUACACCAUCCAGAAGGCUGACAUGAAGACCAAGGGAUGGUUCACGGUCUAUGAGCACAACCGUAGGCCCAGCUGCACGGUGUCUGACCUGGUCAUGGGGAACGAAUAUUCCUUCCGUGCGUUCAGUGAAAACAUCUGUGGCCUCAGUGACGAGGCUGGCAUCAGCAAAAACACGGCUGCCAUCGCCAAAACCGGUCUGACACAUAACCUCCAGCCCUUUAAAGAGAAGGACAUGAACAGGUCCCCCAAGUUUACAGCGGCCCUGGUGGACAGGUGUGUGGUUGCAGGCUACACCACUGCUAUCAGCUGUGCUGUCCGUGGCUAUCCCAAGCCCAAGAUCAUCUGGAUGAAAAACAAAAUGAUCAUCGCGGAAGACCCCAAGUUCCUGAUGCAGAACCACCAGGGUGUGUUGACCCUGAAUAUCCGCAAGCCGGGCCUGUUUGACGGCGGCAAGUACUCCUGCAGGGCAAUCAACGACCUGGGAGAAGACGAGGUCGAGUGCAGACUGGAGGUCCGAGUUGUACCAGAGAAAGCAGAGGGAGAGAAGAAGUGAACAACAGCACGGCGAAGCAAAGGAUCCAGUUGAACAGGAAUAGCAAUGGAUUAUGUAUAACCGGAUAGUCAUGAAUAAAUAUGAUUAGAAUGGAGACACUGGUGAGAUUCUAAAAACAAGAAGAGGCAGUAACAACCACCGCUACCCCACCCCACCCCCAUCAUCUCCUCCAUCAUUGUACCCCAUCCCCUGUCUCAGUCCUACCCAGUCCUGCCUCUCACCGCUGCUGUGACGAAUGCCAGUAUUAGUCAUUUGCUAUAAAUUUUUAGAGCAAGCUGUCACAUCCUAACCGCCAAUAGCUACAGAGUAGUGUCACCAUGCUGCCUUAGUAAUACAGCCUACAAAAAAAAUAUUCUUCUUAUCUGUGAAGUGAGCCUGUCAUUGACCACGCUUAUAAAAAAGA